AACAAAGCAGUACCCACGAGGCUUCUGGGAAAUGUAGUUCUUGGGGCGCAGCGACUUCUCUGAUUGGCUGGCAGCCUGGCGCCCACUGCAAACAGCCAGUUUACUUGAGUUCCACCGCCACAGGGCGUAUUCCUGCCCACCGGUCCCAACCCAGGCCAGCCCAGUUGCUUUAUUUAUUUAUUUAUUUUUUUUAGGUCAGAAUUUGAAAGCAGUGCGAAGGUGGAAGGCAGCCACAAUGCAAAAAUCACACAAAAACUGGGGCAGGGCAAAGGAGCUACAGUUACGCAAGAGAAUUUGUUUGCAAAGUUUCUUGGCUCAAGACUGGGUGCAUUUUCCUCAGUCGGCAGGGGAGUAGGAACUGCGCCUGGAGAAGGACGUUUUCAAACGUCUGUUGAUUCUGGAAGAUGGGCAUUAUGGAGAUAUUCUUACCAAUAGCAAUCGCCUCCCUCGGAAGCUGUGUUCUUUUCUUAUUCUCUCGGUGGAAGAAUUUGCGUGGACCCCCGUGCAUCCAGGGCUGGAUUCCCUGGAUUGGAGCUGGAUUUGAAUUUGGGAAAGCCCCUCUUGAAUUUAUAGAAAAAGCAAGAAUCAAGUAUGGACCGGUAUUUACCAUCUUUGCUAUGGGAAAACGAAUGACCUUUGUUACUGAAGAAGAAGGAAUCGACGUGCUUCUAAAAUCUAAACAUGUAGAUUUUGAAUUAGCAGUACAAAGUCCUGUCUAUCACACAGCAUGGAUCCCAAAAAAUGUCUUCUUGGCACUGCAUGAAAAAUUGUAUCUUUUGAUGAAAGGGAAGAUGGGGACUUUCAACACACAUCACUUUACUGGGCUGCUGACUGAAGAAUUUCAUGAUCAACUGGAAGGGUUAGGCACUCAUGGAACAAUGGACCUGAAUGACUUUGUAAGGUAUCUACUUUAUCCAGUCACACUCAAUACUCUUUUUAUGAAAGGGUUGUUUCUCACAGACAAGAGGAACAUCAAGGAAUUCUACCAGCAUUUUAAAACCUAUGAUGAAGACUUUGAGUAUGGCUCCCAGCUGCCAGAAUGGCUUCUGAGAAACUGGUCAAGAUCCAAAAGAUGGCUCCUGACGCUGUUUGAAAAAAAUAUUGAAGACAUAAAAGCUCAUGGAUCUUCAGGUCAUUCUGAAACCCUGAUGCAGGCUGUGUUGGAAGCGGUGGAGAUGGAAACACAUCAGCACAGUCCAAAUUAUGCACUGCUCAUGCUUUGGGCUGCUCUGGCCAAUGCUACUCCUAUUGCAUUCUGGACACUUGGAUAUAUCCUGUCUCAUCCCGAUCUCCACAAGACUAUUUUAGAAAGUGUAUCGUCUGUGUUUGGCACUGCAGGUAAAGACAAGAUUAAAGUGUCUGAAGAUGACCUGAAGAAACUCCUUCUGAUUAAGUGGUGUAUUCUGGAAUCCAUCCGCUUGAGAGCCCCUGGUGUCAUUACCAGAAAGGUAGUGAAGCCAGUUAAAAUUCUGAAUCACACAGUUCCUUCUGGUGAUCUGCUGAUGUUGUCUCCAUUCUGGCUACACAGAAACCCAAAAUAUUUUCCUGAACCUGAGUCAUUCAAACCUGAACGCUGGAAAGAGGCAAAUUUAGAUAAGUACAUUUUCUUGGACUACUUCAUGGCAUUCGGAGGCGGGAAGUUUCAGUGUCCUGGAAGGUGGUUUGCUCUCUUAGAGAUUCAUCUAUGUAUUAUCUUAGUGCUUUAUAAGUAUGAGUGCAGUCUUCUGGACCCAUUACCAAAGCAGAGUUCUCUUCAUUUGGUGGGUGUGCCCCAGCCUGCAGGGAAAUGCCGAAUUGAAUAUAAACGAAGAGCUUGACCUCCGUUGGGACUCGAGAUUCAGAACCUUCUAGAGGAGUGAAGCCCCCCUCCUAGCUACUAUCCACCCAGCACCUCCACCUGAAGCCACCCGAGGGGCUCAUGCGUUUCAAAUCUGAGGACUGUACACCGGAUUUCACUUUCAAGAACAUAGAAACCUCAAUUCAGGGUUUACAGAAAGGGCUCAGAUGAUUUGAAAAAGAUGAUAAAAUGUUGGAAUUUGGCUUCAUACAUAGCCAUAUCAAAACUUUAAGUAGAAAUAUCACUUUAAUAGAAAUGUUGGUAUGUUAAGUUCACUGUGAAGGCAACACACUUGAAAAUUUUCUUUUGCAAAAGAACUAUAGUGAGAGACACUGAAAAAUUAAAUCAUUUCUAGAUAUUUCAUAUUUUUAAAAUAUGAAACUUAACUAGACCUUGGAAAUCUUAGGCUUAUUGAUGCCAAUCACUGCAGACAUGCCUAGUGCUCAGAACCGUGGAUAAACAGUGUUUUACGACACUGGUGGGGACAGGUUCUCAUACUGCAUUCAUUCCUGUACUCUGUUAUGCCCAGGGUAGCAUCUUCUUCAUGGGGAUGGCUAAUAGUGCACAUUGAUAAAGGUAUCAAUUUGUGUUUUAGUUAAGGGGGAAACACUCUUUUGAAUCAAAGUAUCUUUACUUACAGUUUGACAGAGAUAAUAUUUUUACUCAUGUGUAAAAAAUGCACAGUCUUAGUAUAUCUUGUUAUACCAUGUCUUUGUGAUAUCCCUGGGAGGCUGCUCUUUUCCAAAAUGAAACAGAGGAGCAGUAGAUCUAGGGGAGAGGGAAGAUGGGGAAGGGAAAUUGGGAUGGAAAUGUAUUGUAUGAGAGAUGAAUAAAUAAAUUAAUGAAUAAAAUAAAUGCACAUCUGGUUUUGUGCCAGGUAAAUAACUUCA